UCUUGGCCGGGUGGCGGCGGGAGCACGUUGUGCCGGACCGCGCUCGGCAGCUGCGGCGGCCGCUGAGCCCGGUCCGGAAGGCGGGCCCCGUUUCUCGAUCUGGAAGACAGAUCGCCCUCAUAAUUGGUGAAUGCGUGCAGCCAUCAACCGUGCACGAUGGCAGACAAAUUAACAAGAAUUGCUAUUGUCAACCAUGACAAGUGUAAGCCAAAGAAAUGCCGUCAGGAAUGCAAGAAGAGUUGUCCUGUGGUUCGAAUGGGAAAACUUUGCAUAGAAGUCGCACCACAGAGCAAAAUAGCAUGGAUCUCUGAAACACUUUGUAUUGGCUGUGGGAUUUGCAUCAAGAAAUGUCCUUUUGGAGCCUUGUCAAUUGUUAACUUACCGAGCAACCUGGAGAAAGAAACAACACACAGAUACUGUGCCAAUGCCUUCAAACUUCACAGGUUGCCUAUCCCUCGUCCAGGUGAAGUCCUGGGUUUGGUUGGAACCAAUGGUAUUGGAAAAUCAACUGCCUUGAAAAUUCUAGCAGGAAAGCAGAAGCCAAAUCUUGGAAAAUAUGAUGACCCACCUGACUGGCAAGAAAUUUUGACUUAUUUCCGAGGUUCUGAAUUACAAAAUUAUUUCACCAAGAUCCUGGAAGAUGACCUAAAGGCUAUCAUUAAGCCUCAGUACGUGGACCAGAUCCCUAAAGCCGCGAAGGGAACGGUGGGAUCAAUUCUGGAUAGAAAGGAUGAAACUAAGACACAAACUGUUGUAUGUCAGCAGCUUGACUUAACCCAUCUGAAAGAAAGAAAUGUUGAGGACCUUUCAGGAGGAGAGCUUCAGAGAUUUGCUUGUGCAGUUGUUUGCAUUCAGAAGGCUGAUAUCUUCAUGUUUGAUGAGCCCUCGAGCUACCUGGAUGUCAAGCAGCGCUUGAAAGCUGCCAUUACUAUUAGAUCCCUGAUCAACCCUGACAGGUACAUUAUUGUUGUAGAGCAUGAUCUAAGUGUGUUGGAUUAUCUCUCUGACUUCAUCUGCUGCCUGUAUGGUGUGCCAAGUGCUUACGGUGUCGUCACUAUGCCUUUCAGCGUAAGAGAAGGCAUAAACAUCUUUUUAGAUGGCUACGUUCCCACUGAAAAUCUGAGGUUUCGAGAUGCAUCUCUGGUAUUUAAAGUGGCUGAAACAGCAAAUGAAGAAGAGGUUAAAAAGAUGUGUAUGUACAAAUAUCCAGGAAUGAAAAAAAAGAUGGGAGAAUUUGAACUAUCCAUAGUAGCUGGAGAAUUUACAGAUUCUGAAAUCAUGGUGAUGUUAGGGGAAAAUGGAACUGGCAAAACUACAUUUAUCCGAAUGCUUGCAGGAAGACUUACACCUGAUGAAGGAGGUGAGGUCCCAAUUCUAAACGUCAGCUACAAGCCACAGAAGAUCAGCCCUAAAUCUACAGGAAGUGUUCGUCAGCUACUGCAUGAGAAGAUAAGAGAUGCCUAUACCCAUCCCCAGUUUGUAACUGAUGUAAUGAAACCUCUUCAAAUAGAAAACAUCAUUGACCAAGAGGUUCAAACGUUGUCCGGUGGUGAGCUGCAGCGCGUUGCGUUAGCUCUUUGUCUUGGUAAACCUGCAGACGUCUACCUAAUUGAUGAACCUUCAGCAUAUUUGGACUCUGAACAACGUCUGAUGGCUGCUAGAGUCAUGAAACGUUUCAUUCUCCAUGCUAAAAAAACAGCUUUUGUGGUAGAACAUGACUUUAUCAUGGCUACGUAUCUUGCUGAUCGGGUGAUUGUUUUUGAUGGUGUUCCUUCCAAGAACACAGUUGCGAACAGUCCUCAGACUCUCCUGGCUGGAAUGAAUAAGUUUUUAUCCCAACUUGAAAUCACUUUCAGAAGAGAUCCUAACAACUACAGACCAAGAAUAAACAAACUCAAUUCAAUCAAGGAUGUGGAACAAAAGAAGAGUGGAAACUACUUUUUCUUGGAUGACUAAAUAUUGAAUUUGAGCAUCUUUUGUAACUGGCCCAUAGAAAUGCAUAUUCAAAACAAAUAUUGAUGGAUAAGAAGGCCCAAUUGGGUUUUAGAACACUUUGGUUUUUCUGGAGCUUAAACCUGUGCUGCGUGUAACAUCUGAGACAAUAGCAGGGUAAAAUCGAGUCUGACUAAAACUGCCACUUUGUAUAUUUUGGUGAUGCAGCCCUAUUUCCAGUGUUGUAAUUCCAAACCAUCUUGAAAUUGUGCAAACGAGGCUCCAGUUUUUUCAAAAUCACCAGGAGGUUUCCCAUUCCAUCUAUUCUACUUGCACACCAGGUGCUUACCGGACUUCCGAAUUUUUUAAAAUCAUUGAAGCUUUUGUGUACAAGAUGGAGACUAACCAAGAACGUCAAGAUACAGAAGAUCCUCUUAUUUUAAAAAAGCUGAAUCUCUCUGUCUGAGGGUUUCAUAAAUAAAUAUCAUCCAAACUUA